CCCACCCCUGCGCGCCCCCAGCACCGCCCGUAGAGGACCGCACCACCGAACCACCACCUCCAGAGCGUUGUUGCAUCGCCUCCUUCCCCCAUGCGGGAGGGAGUGGUGAGCGUGUCUUCGCGCUGGGGAUCGCCAGAUCCGAAGGUGCCCGGCAACCGGAUCCAGUUUCGUGCUUGUGUCCGUUCCCAUCUCCGGCGAUGAGUUGGUCCAGCCAGCGGGGCCUCCAAUGUCCAUCCACCGACGCGACUGUCCCUCCUGUGAUCGCCGGCCCUUCUUGCUCUGUGCUCCCCAUGAGGGAGAGGGACCCGCACCGCCGCUCCUCCUCCACUGCGAGCUCUCUUUCAGCCUCGGUUCGAUUAGAGGCCGGACAGGGAGCCCCUUCUCACCCCUUCACCGGAUGCGAGGCAAACGCGACCCCUUGCCACCAGAUCCGAGUGCCCAUUGCCCCCUCCUGCUUGCCAGAGCCUCCAGGGAAUCGUGGACGCCGGCGGCCGUCGGAUCUGGCUUCCACCGUGCCAGUAGCCACGGCAUCCAUGGAUCACCGUCCGGAUCUGCACCACCACCGGUGCCUCGUCGCACACCUGUCCGCCGCCAGGGGCCGAGGAGGAGACCAGGCGGCCUCCAUAUCUCCUCUCCGUCCGGCGACCAUCGCCGUGCAGCUCGGCGGCAUGUGUGAUGCGGUUCAGUGCUGGUGCACGCCGGCGCGACCACACCAUCUCCAGCGCACACGGCUCCCUUCAAGCGUGCGGUUCAUUUGCGAGGUCCCUGACCGUGACAUUGAAGUGCAUCUAGAUACCUCGAGCAGUGUACGACACGCCCUCAUGCAGCUCAUCCACGGGCACCGGCAAAAAAAUUGUAGUUCCCCUCCGCUCCCCUGAUAUACUGUGUGUUUUUGCGGUUUUGUUUUGCUGUUUUUACAAGAAGGGAUAAUAAUGCCGCACUGUUUUGAGUAGGAAAAGGCUUGAUUGAGCUCCGAUGGUGAAAAAGUGGGCGACGGGCGACCACACGAGGGCGCUGGGAGACAUGUGCAGUUUGGCAGCGAGCUCCUCCUCACGUCUAUAGUACAGCAUGCAUCACACUUUGCAUCUUUGUAGUUUGGAACCCGGCAUGUUGCAACUUCAUAUUGUGCAGCAGAAAAUUUAUUCUAGUGCGGUUAACUUUGUAAAACAGAGACGGAAAAUAAAAAC